AUGAGGGUUUGGGGGAAAGAGAUCAGUUUAGCGGGAUAUUUUAAGAAGAUCGCAAACUGUCAAUAUUUACCGUGUCGUGCUAGGGUUGUGGGAUCGGUGCUCUUACAAGAUGAUGCGAAGGCGUCGUCGUCAUCGGUAGCGCUCGAUAUGGAUCACUUGGAGCAGCAUCGAAUGCAGCAGCAGAUAUCCCUAAUUGACGAACAAGAUGCGUACGUGCAGGCACGUUCAAGCACAAUGGAACAUAUCGAAAGUAGUAUUUCGGAACUGGGUCAAAUAUUUAGUCAGGUUCGUUUAGGAAGAAAGGCAUUUUUUCAGUUUAAAGUUGUUCGCGAUUGUGAAAAAUUGGGACUGACCUGGGAGAAAUUUGCUGCAAACUGUGAAGUGUGGAUUCUGCGUGAAAUUAUGAGCAUCUUAAAACUAGAUGAAGCGUAUGAAAAGUGGUGA